AUGAGUACGCUAUCAACAACCUCCCCCAAACAUGCAGACGACUCUUCCUUCUGCCAAACCGUUCCCUUUACGGGCACAAAUGUUCGAGACAGCAAACUGCGGUUACAGGGGAGUGGUGUAAUUCAUGCUGAAAAAUCUGGUUCAGCAGAGCCUACCGUGGCUAAUGCAAAAAAGAACGCAACAGAAGGGAACCGUUUGGAUAUUGUGCCGCUCGUGCAGCAUGCCUACUGGUGGAAGAAGUAG